GCUUGCCGCGCAGUGAUGAUGGCGUCGCGUGAACGCGCAGUAAAAGUAAUGGCUGCUCUGGAUCGGCGGGUGCCUAGCCUCGAUGAUUUCGUGGGUCAAAGCUGGACUGCCUGGGCCGAGUGGGCCGGUGUGACAGCGGCAGAUGGGCCUGAUGUGGAUGACUGCAGCAAGAAUGGCAAAAAGGCUGCAGAGGCCAUGUCUCUCAGUAAGGAAGACAUGUCCAUCUUUGGCCUUUAUCCUGGCCAUGAUGAUUUCUACCUGGUGGUGUGCAGUCAUUGUGGCCAAGUGGUGAAGCCGCAGGCGUUUGAAAAGCACUGCGAGCGACGGCACGGCCCUGUGGCAAAGCUGUAUGCCAGACUGCGCUCUCCCACCCCUGCACCCCAGCCCCAGCAGAGGCCGCACCAUGGCCACUCUCCUUCUCAUGGGACCAGUACUUCUUCUGCUUCAGCCUGGGAUGGUCGAGGGCAGGGCGUUGGGCAGCUACGAGCAGCCCCACCCUCGCCUUCUACCCCACCCCAGUAUAGACACUCCAAGAACUCCAAAGACGGAGUACGACAUUCCCCACUGGAUAAGUCAUCGUCCUACAGCAGCCACACAGAAACAUCAGUAUUCAAGCAGCCACCACCAUUAGAGCCACAGAUGAGCUCUCCACAGCCAUCACUCAGAGACCCUCCCUGGCCACACGGGAGCACUCCACCUGGUAGGGCUUCACCCACUGACAGGCCCCCCAGCCAGAGCCAGAGGAAGGACGUCUCUCUGGCCUCUGUGGUGCCUGGCCAUCGGAUCCCCAGACCCUACAACAAAGUGGCCUCCAGUGAGUACAGAUUGAGAGUUUGCAUAAGGGAAGUUACUCGGCUUCAGCGGGAGAGGGAGUGUGACUUGGACAAACACUGCGGCGUCCUUGAUCCUGACAGGAAGAAAGUCUGCACUCGCCUUCUGACAUGCAAUAUUCACUCCAUCCACCAGCGGAGGAAGGUGGUGGGCCGCAGCAAGAAUUUUGACCUGCUGGUGGCAGAACUCAAGACCAAGGUUCGAGAGAAAGGGACGCUGUCGUUGGAAGGAGGCCCCACCAGUGGACGAUCCCCAAGCCCCGAGGCCCCCAGGGAACAGGCUGGGGCUCCACACUGCAGAAGACCUCUGGCCAGCCUCCCUGCUUUCAGGUCUGCUGGUGUGUCUGAGUGUGUCGCAGAGGAGGAGAAGCAGCGGCAGGAUGAGGGAAGUCUCCGAGCACCAUCGCCUCUCGUUCAUGGACGUAUCUCGAGUGAUGAAAGUGAAGCAGAAGGACCUGAGGAGCCCUCAGAUUUCUCAUCGUCUGCCACACAUCCUAGACCAAUGGCGGUGUGUUCAUUCGGCAGCCAUGCAUUUGGUCACGGCAUCUACACAUUUGACAGGAGACUGCACCACCUGAGGUCAGCGCUCAGCAGCAUGCUGGAACAGCACAUCAGCGCCCACCUUUGGAAGAAAAUACCUCAAGCCACAGACCUUCGAACUCCACCUUCUUCAGCCAAGACCAUCACUUCUUCGUCCCCUUCCUCCAUAGCCAACAUGUCCUCCUCAUCACAUUCUAAGGUCCGAACAGGAAGUCAUAUCAGCUCUUCUCUCAAAACGGCAUCCUCUUGCUCCUCCUCCUCCUCCUGUUCUGCUCCGGGGAGAACGCAGCCUGCCAUGCAGUCGGAGAACUCUGGGGGCAGUGGCAGCAGCAUCGGUGGUGGACACCUGGUGUCUCCAGGUAAGCCUGCAGUCGCAUGUCAGGUGGGUGCUGCGCAGUCCAAGAGCCCAGUGGGACGUUCCAACAAACAGGCGGGGAAGCUGCGCGAAGAUGUUGCUACUGCCGCUGCCCUUCGCAAACGGAAGGCCCCGGCACAGGAAGGGGAGCACUCAGGCCCCGACAGGAACUGCAUCAUUCUCCAGGACCGGGGCCGUCCACCCUCUGCCACCUCUUCCUCCUCUAAAGCCCCCAUUCCCUCAACCCUUCCACACGGACAGACCAAUGGCACGCUUUCUCCCAGCAGCAAACCCCGUCCACAGCCCUCGCCAUCAGAGUCCCACUCACCUGCCGCUAAGGCGGUCUGGACCUACAAACGGACACACCCUUCUCUGGGCCAUCCAUCACCUACAGACACCAACAACUCCCACAGCCGGGCUGUAUCGGGGGACUCAGGACUGCAUGGACAGGGCAGUGGGAGGGGCUUUGAGCAUCAGGGGCUGGUGAAAAAGCGCAAGGGGGGAACCAUGGAGGAGCAUUCGCCAUCCUCCAAACCUUCAGCACACCGCCUGCCCUCCUCCUCUUCCAGCUCUGCCACAACCUCUUCUCCACGGUCCAACUUCUAUCCCUGGAAGGACAGUAAAGGAGGGGGUCUGGCUGGAGGUGUGGAGAAGAAACUCGGCACACAGAAGCCAAAAUUGCACCAUUAAGUGUGCCUGCCUUACAAGCCACUAUGACGGAGCCAGCUCUGCGGCCUCCAAGGCAACAGGACUCAAAAGUGUGUGUGUGUGUGUGUCUUUUGUCUAUUGAGCACAUGGAAGUGUGUGUCAGGUUGUUUGUGUGUGAAGAGUAUGGAUGUUUAUGGUGUGUGUGUGUGUGUGUGGAUGAAUGUCUGUGGGAGUACUGGGGGAGGGUGGAAUGAAAUUCAGAAUAUGGAUUUAGAAAAUACCUCAAGACCAUCCGGUUAUGCUGCUAAAUUAAAUAUGUUGGUUUAUAAAAAUGGAUUAAAAAAUGUCCUUUACACUUGG